AUGGCGAUGAUGAUGGCGAUGAUAAUGAUAGCGAAGAAAAAGAAGAAGAAAAAGAAAGAAAAAGAAGAAGAAGAAGAAAAAGAAAAAGAAAAAGAUGAAGAAGAAGAAAAAGAAGAUGAAAAAGAAGAUGAAAAAGAAGAUGAAAAAAAAGAUGAAAAAAAAGAAGAAAAAAAAGAAGAAGAUGAUGAUGAUGAUUAUGAUGAGGAUAAUAACAACAAUGUGUUGAUGGGGUGGUUCUUUCUAAUGAACAAUACUUUGAUGUACGCCGUUGUCAUAGUUGAGGCUAUUGUUAGUGAAAGCUAA